AUGGGCUCGGCCCAGGACUGGGGGCGGGGAAGCCCAGAGGAGAGGGGAUGGGCUCGGCCCAGGACUGGGGGCGGGGAAGCCCAGAGGAGAGGGGAUGGGCUCGGCGCACGAGCAGCGAGAAGACGCGUCUCUGAUUUUCUCUGCUUUUCGCUUCAGGUGAUCUGCGGCCAAGAGCAAGGGGAGGAUGCGGGGGAGGGUCGAGCCAGCUCCCCGCUCCCGCAGAACAGGGAGCCCCUCUCCCCGCCGUCCCUGCUGCAGAAUGUGACUCGCCAGGACCUGGCCUCUGGUUCACAAGAGCUCUGGGAAGCCCUGGGCAGCCUGCAGCAGCUGGGCCAGGCCCCGCGCCCUCGGGGACGCAGGGAGCCUGGGGCCAGCACUGGCAAGCUCAAGAAAAUUUUUGGCUGGGGGGACUUUUAUUCCAACAUCAAGACAGUGUCGCUGAACCUCCUGGUCACCGGCAAGGUGGUGGAUCAUGGGAACGGCACGGUCAGUGUCUUCUUCCGGCACAACUCCACCGGGCAGGGCGCCAUCUCGGUGAGUCUCGUCCCUCCCACCAAGACUGUGGAGUUUGACCUGGAGCAGCAGAUCUUCAUUGAGGCCAAAGAAUCCAAGAUCUUCAACUGCCGCGUGGACCACGAGAAAGUGGAUCACGCCAAGAAAACCACACUCUGUACCUACGACCCCUCCAAACCUUGCUCCUAUGAGCACACCCACAGCCAGGUCCUGUGGGUCUGCUCCAAGCCCUUCAAAGUCAUUUGCAUCUACAUCACCUUCUACAGCAUAGACUACAGGCUAGUGCAGAAGGUAUGUCCCGACUAUAACUACCACAGCGAUGUACCUUAUUACCCCUCGGGCUGAGGAACCUCUUGUGUCUCAGGGACAGCCCAGAGACCGGUGUCCUGGGGAAAUGGUUUGGUAAGCCAAAGCAGAGCGCCGGGGUCUCGAGAGACCACAGUUCUGAUGCUGGACAGAAAAGGGAGGAGUACUGAUUUUUCCAGAAAGCCUAAGCACUGAAGAAAGGAAUUCUAGACUCAGGGUCUGAGCAUUUCUAACCCUGACCCAGAGCUGUGGUCUUUAGAGAUGGGCCUAUGAAGAAGGCACCGGACACGAAGUACAGAAACCC